ACCAACAUGUGGCCGGCAGGGCUCCUCCUCUGCAAUCUCACGUUACACUCCAUAAACUUGCCACUCUUUCCCACCUAUACGUUUAAAAAGGAGGAGGGCUCACUUGUCAAGAAUGCCUUAGAAGAGUUGUGAAAACAGCCAGCCCGAGAAGGGGAGUCAUGCAGUUGCGGAUGCAGCUCUCCCGUCGAGCCACAAACCACUCAGAUCAGUCAGGGAGAGAGUGUGUGUGAGUGCAGGACGGGGGGAAAGUGUGUGAGAGUGUGUCAGGACCGGAGGCUCCAAAGGACGUCACACACACUCCCAGAGAGAGAGGGAAACACGCUGUCACAGGAAGGCGUCUAUCCUCACGCGUUCUGGACUGUGGAAGAGUCAACAGCCUCUGACAGAAGUGAGUAUUCCAGCGGUGGAUGCAGUGAAACGAUGAUGUGCAUUUAGUCAGCUGAGCUGGAUUUUUCCCAGAAGUGACAAAGACACAGAUUUUCAGUCCUUACUUACCUUUAAAGGGUGAGGGGGUUUAAACUUCCUCAGCAAGGAAAGGACUUGUAAAAAAGACCUUAUUCAAGAGUGCGUGAAGUGUUUCUGCAUCACCAUGGAUCAGCCAGCCAGCAGCUGUAUGCGGAGCACCCACCCCAGCAGUCCCAUCUGGAGUUGCAUGAGGAACCCUCACUCUGGGGUCCCGGGAGCCAACCUGCAGUCGCCCUACCAGCAGGGCCCUUUCUCCCUUCACCAGAAGCCUGAGUUCCUGGCCUACACAGACUUCUCCAGCUCCUGCCUGGUGCCAACCGUGCCGCACGCAGCCUACCCCCGUGACGACAGACUGUACCAAGAGAGCCAGGGGGGUUACCAGAGAGGUGACUGGCAGUUCAACCCCUGUGAGACACGGGUGAGAGCGCCCGAGGCCUGCCCGCCCGUCGUCACCCCUGCAGCAGGAGGCGGCGGUGGGAGUGGAGGGCCUGAGCUGGACAGUGUAGGGGGAGAGAGGCUGCCCGGCACUGUGCCCGGGUGCCUGGAAGGAGAAUACUCACCCCAGAGCGUGGCGUCGGCCGACUCAGACAAGAAGAGCUCCAACAAGAGGAAGAGAGAUGUCACAGAUAUCCAGGAGUCCAGUUUUAAGGUGGACUCCAGCUGCAAGGCCCGGAAAGAGCGCACGGCGUUCACCAAGGAGCAGCUGAGAGAGCUGGAGGCUGAGUUCACCCACCAUAACUACCUGACCAGGCUCCGCCGCUACGAGAUCGCCGUGAACCUGGACCUCACAGAGAGACAGGUGAAAGUGUGGUUUCAGAACAGGAGGAUGAAGUGGAAGAGAGUUAAAGGAGGACAGUCGGCCUCCCCGAACGACCUGGAAAACGACGACAUAGACUCCGCUGCCUCGCCCAGCUCUGAAUGAACCCGGCGUUAUGAAGAGGAGACGCUGAUCAGCCUGUGACACAGAGCGACUGGGGUCAGCUGGACACUAAUGCAGCGCAAUGCAACGUUUGCUCAUUUGUUCGGAAAGCUGCAAGAAUCAAAUCAUUCAGACUCUUUUUUUUUUUUUUUUAUUCCCGGGAAGAAAUCACUGAGCAUCUCCUUUGUUGCUGUUUUCUGAUGUAAAUAGUUGAUUUUUGUCCAUAAUGAACUUUGAUCCACUAUUGAUAAACACCAGAUACUGGUUUUAGAGGCCGCCUCUUGUUGCAGACAUCAUGCUUACGGUCAUUGUAAAUCACUGACAGCGUCCUACAGUGGCUUUAAUGCCAGUGAUGACUUAUCAGACCGUGAUGUGAUUGUGUUUGAGUGCAUCCCCUGUGGUUCCAGUAUCGUAAUCAUGGCCUUUGACGCUUGACUACAACCACCUGGGAAAACUCAGACUGCACAAGUGUUGCCAAGCCAUAAGUGCCUCCAAAAUCAGAUGGGGUUUUUUUUUUGUGUUUUUUUUUUUUUUUUUGUCAGUUUCUUUUCCUAGAAUAUAGUAGUUUUUUUUUCCUGUCAGGCAUUUUUUACUAUUCUUUUUUAUACAUUUUGAAUGUUAUUGAUAAA